AAAAAAAGAAAAAGGAAAUAGAAAAAGUCUGUAUUGCUUUUAUCAAUGCAUCUCUUGCGGGCAUGGUUUCGAUAGUUGAGGUUAAUCAAGGGAGAAUCGCCUAAUCGAUCCGUUCAAUUCCCGAGACUCCAUUGCCGCGACCUCUAAUGCCGUGAUCAAGAUCCUGUUUUUCCACUCCUACCUAGGGUUUUUCCCUUCCUCGUUCUCUCUGCUGAUCUAGGGUUUUGAAAAAGGCAGCAACAAAAAAAUUUCAGUCUGAAAAUUGCGAGCUCCCGGAGCUCCCCAGACUGCGUCGUUAAUGGCGUGAUGUUCGCGUUAAUCGAGUUCCUGUCUUCUUUCGGUUCAAUGGCGUUUGGGAUCGGGCGAGAAGGCGAGAUCUCGCUUGGUUUUGGGAGCAUCACGGAAUCGCGGCGCUUGAGAGAUUUGGUUAGGCUCAAUCUGAGAUGAUCUAGCGUUGGUGUGAUGUUAAUGAGUGUUCGUUGCAGAGACGACGCAGAAUCACAGUUGCAACCAUGCAUUUCGCGAAGCUCGACGACUCUCCGAUGUUUCGGAAGCAGAUACAAAUGUUGGAGGAAAGCGCAGAAUCACUGAGGGAGAGGAGUCUAAAGUUUUACAAAGGGUGUCGAAAAUACACUGAAGGGCUUGGGGAGGGAUAUGAUGGAGACAUUGCUUUUGCAAGUGCCCUAGAAACUUUUGGCGGAGGACAUAAUGAUCCUAUUAGUGUAGCUUUUGGAGGCCCUGUUAUGACCAAAUUUACUAUUGCAUUGAGGGAAAUUGGGACAUACAAGGAAGUUCUUCGAUCCCAGGUUGAGCACAUGCUAAAUGACAGAUUGUUACAAUUUGUCAAUAUUGAUUUGCAUGAUGUUAAGGAGGCACGGAAGCGUUUUGACAAGGCUAGCCUUCUUUAUGAUCAGGCUCGUGAGAAGUUUCUAUCUUUGAGAAAAGGGACAAAGUCUGAUGUGGCUACUCUUUUAGAAGAGGACCUUCAUAAUGCAAGGUCUGCAUUCGAGCAAGCUCGCUUUAACCUGGUAACUGCUCUUUCCAAUGUUGAAGCCAAAAAAAGGUUUGAAUUCUUGGAAGCAGUUAGUGGGACGAUGGAUGCCCAUCUUCGUUACUUCAAACAGGGAUAUGAACUCUUGCAUCAAAUGGAGCCAUAUAUCAAUCAGGUUUUGACUUAUGCACAGCAAUCAAGAGAAAGGUCCAACUAUGAGCAGGCAGCUCUUAAUGAGAGGAUGCAGGAGUACAAAAGGCAGAUUGACAGAGAAAGUAGGUGGUGUUUAAAUGGCUGUAAUGGGUCUCCUAAUGGAGAUGGUAUACAAGCCAUUGGUAGAAGUUCACAUAAAAUGAUAGAGGCUGUUAUGCAAUCUGCUUCCAAGGGAAAGGUUCAAACCAUUCGACAGGGUUAUCUCUCAAAACGUUCCUCAAACUUGAGAGGUGAUUGGAAAAGGAGAUUUUUUGUUCUUGAUAGCCGAGGAAUGCUCUACUACUAUCGCAAACAGUGCAGCAAAGCAUCUGGUUCUGCCAGUCAACUCUCUGGUCAAAGAAACAGUUCUGAACUCGGUUCUGGACUGCUCAGUCGGUGGCUUUCUUCUCAUUAUCAUGGAGGAGUACAUGAUGAAAAAUCUGUUGCUCAUCACACAGUGAAUCUGCUGACCUCAACAAUAAAAGUUGAUGCUGACCAGUCAGAUCUGAGGUUUUGCUUCAGGAUAAUUUCGCCAACAAAGAACUACACUUUGCAGGCAGAAAGUGCCCUGGAUCAAAUGGAUUGGAUUGAAAAGAUAACGGGGGUUAUUGCAUCAUUACUAAGUUCCCAGGCUCCUGAAAGGUGUUUGCCUGCUAGUCCCAUGGGAAGUGGUCAUCAUCGGUCUGCUAGUGAGAGUAGUUCAUUUGAAAGUGCUGAUUUUGAUCACAGUGUACUUGAAGAGUACGCAUGUGAUAGGAGCCAUGCCACAUCACAUCAUGACCGCCCAUCCAGAAAUUUGUUACAGCAGCGGUCCUCUGUAAAAAGCGAGAAGCCAAUAGAUGUGUUACGAAGAGUAUGUGGGAAUGAUAAAUGUGCUGAUUGUGGUGCUCCAGAACCAGAUUGGGCAUCCUUAAAUCUUGGUGUUCUUGUCUGCAUUGAGUGUUCCGGUGUUCAUCGUAAUCUUGGUGUACACAUAUCAAAGGUAAGGUCACUAACCCUUGAUGUUAAAGUGUGGGAGCCUUCCGUUAUAUCUUUGUUUCAGUCUCUGGGUAAUACAUUUGCAAACUCAGUCUGGGAGGAACAAUUGCAAUCACGAGGUGCCUUUCAGGUUGAUCUCGUCCCUACAGGCUUAUACAAGGCUGAAAAGUCACAUCUUCUCUUUCUAAGCAAGCCUAGUCAUGCUGAUGCAAUUUCAAUAAAGGAGAAGUUUAUUCAUGCAAAGUAUGCAGAAAAACUUUUUAUUCGCAAGACAAAAGAUCAUCAAUACCCACGUUCUUUGGCACAACAGAUAUGGGAGGCUGUUCGUACCAAUGACAAGAAAGCUGUAUAUCGUCACAUUGUUAAUUCUGAAGCAGAUGUGAAUUUUGUGUAUGCGCAAGUGCCAUGUAGCUCAUCAAUAACACUUGCAAAAGUGAUGCUAUCGCAAGAGGAGAGAAGCCUUGACCGCAGCUCUAGCUGCUUGACAGGGGACUUGUUAGACAGGUCAUAUGCAAGCUCAUCAAACUUGGCAGGUAAUAGUGAAGGCCAGACUUUGGAGGACUUGGAUGGGUGCUCUCUGCUUCAUCUUGCUUGUGAAACUGCUGAUAUUGGUAUGCUGGAGCUUCUUCUACAGUAUGGUGCAAACAUAAAUGCAUCUGAUUCAAGAGGGCGAACACCUCUCCAUCGCUGUAUUCUUAAGGGCAAGGCUACAUUUGCAAAAUUGCUGCUUUCAAGGGGAGCGAAUCCACGUGCUGUAACUAGGGAAGGUAAAACUCCCUUUGAGCUUGCAAUAGAGACAAAGUUCGAUGAUGGUGAGGUUGUAGUUCUAUUAUCAGACUCAAACAGAUGACCAUCUUCUUAUGAAUUGAUGCUCUGCCCUCGUUGAAGUUGGUAGUACCAUAAAAAGAAGGAAAGUAUCUUUUUUCUUGUGUAAUUAUAUUUUCGAUGUGUCUGAAGGCCGAUUCUCCGGCGAAGGGGAAGCACCCAUCUCCACCUGGUUUGAGGUCAUGGUGGAGAUUGAUAGGUUGGGAUGCCUGCUGCCUGCCUGCCUGUGAGUGCAAAUUGGCCCCCAGCAGUGUAAGUUAAUAGUUGCCCCCAAAAUGAUUCUCGAUUGAGAGCUUCAGGAUGCUUUCUGUCCAGGAGGCUUCCUGUAAUGUAAUUUGCUUUUUUUUAUUUUUAUUUUAGUUUGGUUUUGAGGCUUGUGGGUAUUAUUUAGGUGAGGUCAUCGUUUGUUGUUGUAUAUUGGUUUCUUUUGGUAAAUCGUCAGUUAGAAUGAAGAGGUUUGGUGUAACAAAACUCUGAAUGUUCUUAUUGGAUUAAAAAAAAAAAGAAAAUGAAAUUUUGAUUUUGUUUUUGGUUU